CGGUUGCGCUUUGCGACUACUACUCGCGCUCGACUGAUAGACGACGUACUGAUAUAGGAGAUAUAGGUCGAUAUACACGUUAGAAAAUUCGAAGUUGGAUCAACAAGUUGCCGUAAUAGUGUUGUGGUUCUAUUUUGCUCAAGAAAGGACUUUGUACCAAUUUGUGCGUAGCAAAAACUAAAUCAUUUUCAUCGUCCUUGACAAUCUUCGGCAGACAUCGUCAUGUCACAAUAUGUGAACGUAAAGAAACAGAAGCUCGAGUUCGCUUUCUCAUCUCCCUGGCAUUUUAGUGAUGUUAUCUUGGUAGUAGAAGAACAGAAAUUCCAUGUUCACAAGUCUACUCUCUCGAUGUGGUCUAAGAUGUUUGAAAGAAUGUUUGCAUCAGAUUUCAAAGAAAAGUCAUCUCAAGAAAUUCCACUUCCGGGAAAGAAAGCUGCAGAGGUAAAGGUUUUACUGACAAUGAUUUACGACAAGGAAGCAUCUGUCAAUGAUCACAACCUGGAAAUCCUUCUCAAGUUUGCAGAUGAAUAUCAAAUGGAAAAGCUUACAAUGCUUUGUACUAACUACAUGAAGAAUACUGUAUUGAAAAAAGAAACAGCUAUGCAUGUUUAUGCCUUAGCACGUAAGUUUAAUCUAACGGCAAGUUUUAAGGGAGCUUGUAUGGAGCUUCUAAAAUAUUGGGUGAUGGCACAAAUUGAAAAUAAUGGCCAUUACUCCGAGUUUAGUAUUGAGGAGCAAUUUGAAUUGGUGUCCAAUAGAACAAAAGCAUUAGAGGCCUCACUAAUGCGCUCUGAUUCAGAUCGUCAAAAGUUGAAAAAUUAUAUAAGCCAUUAUGAAUUCAUUGCAUCAUGUAAAAUAUGCCAAUCUAGCAAAACUGUUUAUUGUUAUUCAGAUUUUUAAUCCCCUUAGAGAUUAAUAAAACAAUUGGCACUAAUUGCAUUACAAAAGAAAGUUGGCAAAGCAUUCUGGUAGUUGUAGUAAAUGACACCAUAAUGCAAAUCGGCUAUUGUAAUACACUUACACUAAGCACACUGUUUAGAUAUCUUCAUCUUUUCAGAACUCUAUCAGCAGCAAUACAAUACAAUUAGAACAAAGAUUUUGAUUUGGUGAAAUAUGAAGACAAUCAAUACAAAAAACAAAGAUAUCAAGUAGAACAAAAAACAUUGCUCAUUUUAAAAUAAUCCCUCAAUUCUUUUCACUAAAUCACAUGGUUUGUUCUGAUGGUAGUGAUAUACAGUCAACUCUCUUGUAAGCGACCACCUCGAGAUCAGGAAAAAGUGGUCGCUUACGAGAGAUGGUCAGAGUUUACAUGGGAAACAAUUAGAACGGGAAAUUUAAGAGGUGGUCGCUUAAGGUAGAUGGUCGCUUACGAAGGUGGUCGUUCAAGUCAACUGUACUUCUGAAUCUUUUAUUUCACUAUUUGCUUUUCAAUGCAUUGUGGGAUCAGUGUCUGGAGAAAUCCGACAUGUUCUGUCAUUACAUUGCACAUACAGUACAUGAUGUAAAAGCUUCAGAGGUCUAUUGACCCCUCAAAGAGUUUUAGAAUAAACUUAAAAGCUUGUAUAGCAGAAAUUACAUCUUGAGUUUUGAACAACUGGUACCACUGUUGUUAAUUUUACUCAAACUAAAGCCUUUUAUUUCCCUUUACAUUUGUUAUUGGCAUGUUUAGUUUUACAGUAAGUUGUAAUGCAACAUAAAUAUUUCUAUAUUUACAUGAAGUACAGCAGAUUUCAAAAAUAUUAAAGACUGUCCUUCACACAUAAAAAAUGGGUUUAAAUUGGAGGAUAAUACAUUCUACAUGUUUGAAAUCUAGUGUAUCUUUGUUAAAGAUUUAGUAAUUAAAAAGAAAGUGUUGUAAAGUUGCUAUUAUCUUGUUCAUUAAUUAGCUGUGGAUGCCACUGAGUGUGUUGUGGCAUUUAGUGCUGCUCUUUUGACUGCUUGAUUUAUGCUCAAUUCAUGUCUUUUAUGCUUCAAGUCAGGUCUUUUUGCGCCUGAAAUUUUACAAAACGUAUAACUGAUGAGUGGUAAACAUUAUUUUACACAUGUAUACUGCAAUGAAACAGGAAUAUGUAUAGAGGGUUAUGAAUUAUUAUCAAUGGUAUCACAAAGUUAAUAUAACAUAUUUUAAUAUGUUAAAACUUACUUGUGCAAAUAUGCAGGGCCUGAAUCUGGUUUGCAUUCAAUGGCAUAAGCACACUGCAACAAUAUCAACUGGCAGAUUAGCAUGGCAUGAAUUAUGUGGACUUAUCGAUAAGCUAUUAAAAUAAUGUCAUUAUGUGCACAAAGGUAAAGGCUGAGCAAAAAACACAAGUUUAUUGUCAAUGUAAAGUCAUAUUUUUUUACUGAUAAUGGGGAUGUAGCUUACCCUUGUUUCAACAUCAGUCCAACAUUGUUCAUCUUCAUCAGAUGCUCUUCGUUUUCUUUAAGAAAGCAUCAAAAUGAUAAUGUUUAAAUUACAGUUGAGACUUGAUGAUUUGAAUUUAUAGGAAUUAUUGUAAUCUGAGUUAUUUAAAAUUUUAAUAAUAAAAUUAUCAGGUUAAAAAC